GUUCUUCACGCUGCUGAAAAUGGAAACCUCUCUCUCUCUCGUUCCCCAUUCGCUGUGCUCCUUUGCCCUGUGCAUUAUAUGUUAUGCUCUCUAUGCUUGACUGCUCCUAUUCGCUCAUUCUUGUCAUAAUGUUCUGCUGAUGUCGGUGCUCCUAAUGUUUGUGCGCGUCCUUUUCUUCAUCUCCACACAAACCAGGCAAGCCAAAGGACUUCCGGUUGUCCGUGCACCUGCUUUUUUCAUAUACAUUUUGUUAAGUUUUACAUGUUACAGAUUCAUGUGCAGCGUGGAUUAACUGUUUGUUAAAAUGCUUAUCAGGGAUCCAACAUGAAAUGCUUACAAGUAUUUGAUAAACACACAUUUGUAAUAGUUAGUUAUUUAACUGUUUUUCUCUGGUUCCCUCACUUGCCAUCAAACACCAAUAAAGAACUUUUCUAACUCAUCAAACACACGUUUUGGGAUGAGGUUGAAUUUCGACUCUUCCACUCUUUACCAAGAGGACCUCCCCUUCGUAAAAUUUCACCUCCAAUCAAGGGAAAUAAACAAUGCUCCCUUAUUUUUCCCUCCAUCUUCUCCCUCCUCUCCUGUACCCUCUUCUCUCUCUGAGGGUUUCGCUGAAAGCAGAAACCUAUUCUAGCCCCUUAGGCCACCGGCGAAAACCAUUGACUAGCAGUCAAGAGUUCCAAGAGUUCUGAGGAGGAGGGUACCCAAAGAUAGUAGGCAAACCUGGUUUUCAGGACGCUGUCAACUAGGCUAAGAUGUCUUCGCAGAGAAGGCCGGUGUGCUGCCCCUCUUGUUUUUCAUUAUCUAUUUCUUUUACCUCUUGUGUUAUUUCAGCAAAGAGAUUGACUCAAUUAACAAGGCUUCUUGGCUCAAAUAACCGAAGAAGGGAUUUUUUAUAUGUUCUCUAUUUUGGUUUGUUUCUCUCGCUUUUUUUUUUUCUGCAUGCAUCGAGCAGAGCCAUGCGGCUUCGGUGGACUCCGUUCUGUUUUUGUUGUUGUCGUCAUUUUUUUUUGUUUUUACUAUUUUUUUAGAGUUCCACUGAAGAGUACCGAUUAUCGGUGGCUGGCUGAACACGUCAAACAUCCUAUAGUGAGCAAGGUUUAGAACAGUCUCAAUUCAGGCUCUGGUGUCAAGGGUCCAUCAAUCAAAUUCAACCUCUGCAGGGGUUCUUUACCACCAGAGUGGAGGAGAUUGGACCGAAGGAGAUACCUGGCCCUCAGGCGUUAUCUUCCUCUUGAGUCAAGACCAGAAAAUCAAAGCCCUUAGCCAAGGGAUGGACUUCCUUCUGAUGAUUCAUGCUAUACAUGGAUGCAUAAAGAUUUUCGUUUUGGGGCACGCAUAUGCCAUGUUUUAUCCAUGGUAGCCUAUUAUGAAAUACCAUCACACAUGAUGCGGCAAUGAGGCUUUGAUACCACUGUUAGGAGUGAGGAAGUCCAUACCUCUCAAUGUUGUUGCAUGCAUUGGACUGAACCGGCAUCACAGAGCAGGGAGGGUGCAGCACCAAAGAGGAAAAUAAGGACAGAGAGAGAGAUGGUGUAAGGGAGUUAUGGGUUUGCCUCAGAGGCGCUUUCACACUGUUGCAAGGUUGGGUCCUUUGGCUUUCCCAUCUGAUCCCUACAGAUUAUGGCCAUCACUGUAAAUCUGGGAAGAUGGCGCAAGACUACCUUCCAUCAUUUGCUCAUUAUGUCAUGGGUCUGAGAAAGGCGGUGCAUGGCCACCUCCGUCAGGAUACUCCUGGGUAAACAAGCAUUUUCUCACCAACUUCACCAAUUAUCGCCUUCUUUACUUCCGAAGCUGCUAUGAGCCCUGUCAUCAGGUUCCAGUCCCAUUGUCGCUUGGUUCUUGACUUCUUUAAGUGGACAAAGCACCAAUAGUUCAAUCAGAGCAUGGAUUGCAAAACUUUGCUCAUCCAUACUUUAUGUCGAUCAAGACAAUACAAACAAGCUGAACAGAUAAUGCGAGUGCUCAUAACUGCAGAAGAUGAUAGCCGGUUUGAUGUUUUUGAGUCUUUGAAGUCAACUUACAGCAUGUGUGCUCACAUUUCAGCUGCUUUUGACAUGUUGAUAAAGUCCUAUGCAUGUUGUGGCAUGGCGUGGAAAGCAAUUUCGGUGCUUAAUUUAGCAGAAUCUAGUGGCUUCAUGCCUGGUCCACUCUCCUACAACCAUAUUCUAGAUGCACUAUUUAAGUCUGGUAAUUCUUUUAUGGCUGAGAAGAUAUACAAUGACAUGAUUAGGAAGUCUGUCUCAUUAAAUGUUUUUUCAUAUAACAUUUUGAUAAAAGGACUGUAUCUGAGUGGGAAGCUCGACAAGGCUCUUGAUUUGUUCAAACAGAUGAGAGCAAAUGGAUGCGAACCAACUGUCGUCACUUUCAAUACUAUCAUAGAUGCUUAUUGUAAAAUAGGUGAGAUACAUAAAGCAUGUGAUUUGCUGGAGUUCAUGUUGACAAGAGAUUUGAGGCCAAAUUUGGUUACAUACAAUGCUCUAAUCAAUGGCUUUUGUAGAGAAGGUAGAAUGGGUGACGUUGGCAGAUUGUUGGAUGAUAUGAGAAAAUGUGGUCUUGCCCCUGAUGGUAUUACAUAUAAUACACUUAUUAAUGGGUACUGCAGGCAAGGAAAUACUCAUCAAGCUCUUUUCCUGCACGUUGAAAUGGUUCAAAGUGGUUUGUCUCCAAAUGUAGUAACAUACACUGCCCUUAUUAACAAUAUGUGUAAAAAGGGUAACCUGAAAAAGGCAAUAGAUUUCUUUCACGAGAUGAAUGAAAGAGGACUUCAGCCAAAUGAGAUGACAUAUGCUACACUAGUUGAUGGGUGCUGCAGACGAGGUUAUGUGGAGGAUGCUUAUGUUCUUCUGAAGGAAAUGGAGGGAAGCGGGUUCCCUCCUUCUCUUGUAGCUUACAAUUGUCUUAUCAAUGGCCUCUGCCUCCAAGGAAGAAUGGAUGAUGCUUUGCACAUUGUUGAGGACAUGCCAGAUAAAGGUUUGAGGCCAGAUGUAGUGACAUAUGGUACAAUAAUUGGUUCUUACUGUAAAAAUGGUCAACUGGAGCAGGCUUUUUCUUUGCUUAAAGUGGCUAUGGCGAAGGGUUUCAUGCCUGACCUAAUUACAUAUUCUGCACUUAUUCAGUGUCUGUGUGAGCAGCUAAAAAUCAAGGAAGCUGAUGAUCUUUUUGAGAAGAUGCAGAGUGCAGGCCUGUGUCCUGAUAAUAUUACCUUCACAAUGUUAAUAGAUGGCCACUGUAAGGAGGGCAACGUAAUGCGUGCUCUGCAACUUCAUGAAGAGAUGCUUCAGAAAGGACUGCUGCCUGAUGUUGUUACUUACAGCAUACUUAUUAAUGGGCUCAACAGGCAAGCUAGGACGAAGGAGGCUAAGCGACUCCUGUUCAAAGUGUUGCAUGACGUCCCAGUUACAAAUGAGGUUACAUAUGAUGCACUAAUUGACCACUGUCUCCAAAUAGAUAUGCAGGGCAUUGUUGCGCUUAUCAAAGGCUUUUGCUUGAAGGGAUUAAUUAAAGAAGCUGAAAGUCUCUUCGAGAGAAUGGUAAAAAAAAAUUGGCAGCCUACGGAAACUGCAUAUAAUGUGCUGAUCCAUGGUCAUUGUAGAGCAGGCAAUAUAGUCAAAGCCCUUGAUUUAUACAAAGAAUUAAACAGUGCAGGUUUUGUUCCCAAUAUAAGAAGUAUGAUUGCUCUAAUCAUAGGCCUUCACAAUCAGGGGAUGAGUAAAGAUUGUGGUAGCCUCAUUGAGGACCUUUUGAGAAGUUCAUUGGUCCCUGAGGCUGAAAUAUCUAAAGUUCUUGUGGAAAUGAAUCAUAAAGAAGGAGACAUGCAUGCAGUUGUUGAUGUACUCAUGCAGAUGAUGAAUGAUGGACUUGUUCCUACAUCCAAGUAAGUCUGACUGUUCAUCAACGUGAGUUAGUUCAACUAGCUGAACAUGUCAGAGAAUUCAGCUAUUUGAGUAUCCUAUCAGGAAAAAGAAAAGGUUUAUGGUGCAUGUAGUGGUCAUAUUAUAGUCGGAGCUCCAUUUGCCGGAUUAGGAGCCUGGCACCAUAAAAAUUAUUCAGGCCAUAGCUUGGAUGGUGCUUAUAUGUGUGAUGUAGGGUCAGAAUGCCCAAGGAAUUUGGUGGUUGACAAGCAAAGGAAAAAAAGAAAAGAAAAAUGCAGAUUAAGCAGUCUGGUUCGAGAAUUUCUCUGAGCUACCAGUAAUCUUAUCAUGAACAUGCAAAUAAAGGAAAAAAGAAGAAGCUUGCAAUGAUUCUUAUGCAUUGUAAUGGCUGCAGCAGAUUUUGUAUAAAAAACCUGUGCUUCCUGACGAAAUGAGAUGAUUUUCCUUGUGUGAAUGA